AGGGAGCAAGUGUUUACUCGAACUGUCUAGGAAUAUAGCGCAUGUAUAGAAGAUGAAUCUGGAAGGAGGGAGGUUACUUAUGGACAAGCUGCGUUGGCUCUGCAUUAUCAGUCAGUGGCUGCAUACUCGGCUGAUCUCUGGACCCUCAGAUUGAGCAACACUGCAAGAGACAGAAACAAAGGCAGGGUAGAGGAAAGACCUGAAUCAAAGAAAGCAAAACGAAAACAAAAAAAGAGUAACAACAGGCUGGGUUGUAACAGUGUGACGAGGGGAAAAGAAAAACUGUUGUACAAUAGAGUUAAACAUUGAUCAAGGCUCUGUGAGGUAUAACGGUUGAGAGAACUUUUUAUUGAAGGUUUUGGGGAGGAGUAUGAAAGAUUUGAGAGGACGGAGGGGGUCAGAGGCAGUGGUCCAGCAGGGAGUAAUUGUGGUGACAGCCAGUGCAAGGGGACAAGGACUCAUGUGAGACACAGAGGAAUUAAAAUAUAGGGACACGGAGAAGGAACAGAGAGGGACUGGCAGACCCCAAAACUGGACGUCAGUAUGGGUGUGAAGAGCAAGGCUGCUGCUGCUAUCUUAGUCCUGCUGCUAUUCCUCGGCUCACUGUGGCUUCAGGGGGGUUUGGAUUACCACUGGGAUUCUUGUUUAAAAGGUUAUAAUCAAGUGAAUACGCUUCACCAGUUGUACAACAGCAGUGGGGUCGAUGGGGCUGAGGGCCCACAGCUCUUGGAGUGCCCUGGUCAGACCUUCCAGGUGUCACUGCUGCUCUCCCACCUGCUGGCUGCACCGGCCUACACCUCUGACGUGCUGCUGCAGCCGUAUCUGUCCAGCUGGGAUGAGCUUGUCAGAUUUAUGGAAGCUCUGGGCCCGAUGGUGGGACUGAUAUCUAAAGAGAUAGAAAGCAAGACCUCUAUAAUCCGCCAACUGGCCCUGUUGGCAGAAGGGAACCCUGAAGCAGAGCUGGGCCCAGAUAUACACUCAAUAAACAGUGUGAACGUAGAACCUGGGACAAAGAAUAAUAAGGAGGCCUCACAGCACACUGGUGGUUACCACUCUGUACGCUCCAUGAUCUGGGUAGAGCUGAACCAAGGACUGGUGGACUUCCACCACCAGACGGACUCUGGAUGCCGGACUCUGCUGCGUCUGCAUCGUGCUCUGCUUUGGCUAAAGCUCUUCCUGGAGAAGCUGGCUGAGACACCGGUGGCCGGCCGGCUGAGGAGCCCUUCAGAGCUGUGUCGCGAGGCCUACAAGAGCACCCUGGCCAACCACCACAGCUGGUUCGUCCGAAGGGCCGCCGAGCUGGCUUUCAUUGCAAUGCCAGAGCGGGGUUUCUUUUUCAAGCUGGUGUGUGUGCAGAGCCAGGAGGAGCUGAGCACAGCGCUCAACAGAGUGGUUCAGGCCAUUGGAGAAGUUUAUGAUAGGACUCAGAAAGCCCUGGAAGAAAAUGGCAUGCUGGACUUGCCAUAGAAAAGGGGGCUAUCAGACUUGACCAUAUUUCCACUGUCCUUAUGAUCUCCUGGGCAUCACACAUAAACUGAUAGCCACACAUGUGGCAUAACCUUCUCAAGGUAACAUGAAUGGACUUUUUCAGCUACAAUUUACAUGUGCCAUAUUUUCCUCCCCUACCAAAGCUGCGUCAACAAUCACCCGAUACCAAAAGUCUGCUUUUGGUCUAUAGACAUUCCUUAUCAAAUUUUAUGAGAUCAUGUUGAUAUAAUUAUUUAAGCAGGUGCAGACAAUAACAUGAACACUAAAGCAACCCAUUGCAACAACUCUGCAGCAUUUGUUAAGCUUAUAAUGUUCUUGACACACAUGGGGAGAUGAUUUUGUAAUGGAUUGCAUCAGAUUGUACAGUCCAUGUUGUUGUGCCUACACUUCGCCCAUAUGUGAUUUUUUUUUUUUUUUU